AGCUUGCUGCAGGAUGUUCUAUGUUCUAAGAUAACAUUUAACUACCGUUGAUUUGUGGUGUUAAGACCCAGUGGCGUGGGUUGAGAACACGUUUUAGGUUUAUUAUCAUUACUAGAACAGCAGCAGUCACACAUGGCAAAGGCAUUCAAAUAAACGAGAUAUAGGCUACUUCAGGGCUUCGUUAUCUACUAGUGCUGUAUUGCUUUCGUUUCUACAAAGGAACCCAGAGUAUUGUUGUGGCUUUGAAUAACUACACAUUUCGAGGUGACGGGGUCCUAGCCGUCAAUCACACCUUUACAUUGCCCACAAUUCUCAGAAACGAAAGAAAUCUAAUCAAAUCUGAGUCGGGUCGUCACGGGGACAGAGAGGAAGACGCAACGACUUAAACAACGCAAACAUCUGAACCCUCCUCUGGCUCCUGCUCUACGGUGCUGGACCCGGCCAUCAUGCCCCGCUCCUUCCUCGUGAAGCCUACCGGACGCCGCGCGCUCCGUGACUCUGUUGACCGAGCCGAUCACGAGCGUGCGGACCCGGAGCCCCGGUGUGCGCGCGGACAGAUGCUCGUCCCUGUGUUUGACGUGCCUCCCGCCGCGACGGGGGGGCCUGGGGCAGAGUGGGGCCCGUCACAACCCUGGACUCAAAUGGAUACCAGACCGACCAGAACCGAAAGGACCGACCGGACCGCCUCGGCGAACUGGCCCGACGUCCAGGUACUUCAGACCCAGAGGGAGAGGGAUCUGGAGCAGCUGGUGUUGGUGCUGUUGGACCACGCCUCGCACGCCGCUCUGGCGCCGCGACUCAGCGCCUGCACGCACUGCGAGGAGCCCCGGUCUCAGUUCCGGUCCACCAGGGGGGGGGCUGUUGGCCUGUCGGACCUCGCAGUACACCCCGCAGCCAGCAGCCGGCUUCAGAGCCCCCCAGGCAGCCAGCCAAUAGCAGCCUGCAGAAGGGAAAAGGAGCGUAGCUUCCCCUGCCCGGUGUGUGGGAAACGUUUCCGGCGGUCAUCCACACUGACCACCCACAAGCUGAUCCACUCCGACACGCGGCCGUAUUCCUGCUCCUACUGCGGCAAGGGCUUCCACCAGAAGUCUGACAUGAAAAAACAUACCUUCAUACACACCGGAGAGAAGCCCCACGUGUGCCGGGUGUGCGGGAAGGCCUUCAGCCAGAGCUCCAACCUCAUCACGCACGGCCGCAAGCACGCCGCCGCCGCCGAGAGGCCAGUCUCCUGCCGGCUCCGCCCCCGCGGCCACGACCGCCGCCACGCCCUGCAGCGCCAGCAGGAGGGGCCCUGUUUCUACGGCAACGCUCCCUCAGGGAGCCCCGCCCCCCCAUGGAGCCACGCCCCUCCGGGGGCCCCCAUCCUCGGAGCCCGCCCAGAGGGGCGUCGCUGGCCGGGGUCAGCCGAGGCGUUCUGAGACCCCGCCUCCUUUAGUUUGUUUGUUUGCCGUUUUACUCCCGAUUACUUCUGUCUGGGAUCAUUAAAGUUGUUGGAGGAUCUCAGGGUGUGUCCGUGGAUUUGUGGUGUUACCAACUGCUUUUAUUUAAGGUCGCUGAAGCCAAUUGACUUUGAAAUGACUGAUGUUGUGGAGAUGAUGCGUUGAGACACAUUAAAGCGUCGGUCUAGUCCAGAGCAACAGGGGGUCCGGUGCGUUGAUGAGGGUCUGCCUGAGUCUGACGUCACCUGGUUCACACAUCUAGAUGGUCCAUGAGCUUCACGUGAACAAGUGGAAACUGUCCUCAAUCCUUAAUCCUUUUCUGAUUAACUGUGAAACAGCAACGUUUGUUGACUUGCUACAUCCUAGUAUUGCAAACCGAACAUACAAAGUAUACUUUUAAGGUUAAAAAAAACAUAUCAAACCAUCUUAACAAUAUUAAUUUGUUGUGACCUAGCUAAAUCAUUUUCUCUACGUUACAUAAAAUAAAAAAAUAUAAAUAGUU